ACAAAAGGCAUGUUCGGCUCCAGGAAGAAAUUUGCCGAGUUCGAGGUGGUGGACAACGACUUUACCGAUGAAAGCAUGUACUACAACCAGCCGUCGAUGUUCCCGCAUCGGUCGGACAAAGACAUGCUGUCGUCGCCUUCGCCGUCCUCGUCUUCGGGGCAGCUGUCGCAGCUCGGCGCCAGUCUCUACGGUCCGCAGAGCGCACUAGGCUUUUCGGUGCGAGGCAUGGGCAACAGCACGCCUCAGCUGAACCGAAAUCUAACCCAAGGAACCCAACUCCCGAGUCACAUCCCGCCCACCACCGGGGUCCCCACCAUGUCCCUCCAUACUCCUCCGUCACCCAGCAGGGGUUCCUUGCCCAUGAACACGAGGAACAUGCUGAACCACUCUCAGGUGGGUCAAGGCCUGGGAAUGAGCGGAAGAACCAAUAGCAUGAGCAGCUCGGGUCUGGGGAGCCCCAAUCGCAGCUCCCCGAGUAUCAUCUGUAUGCCCAAGCAGCAACCGGCGCGGCAGGCCUUCACUGUAAACAGCAUGUCAGGAUUCGGAAUGAACCGCAACCAGGCUUUUGGGAUGAACAAUUCAUUAUCAAGCAAUAUCUUUAACGGCACAGAUGGGAGCGAAAACCUGGCCGGGCUGGAUUUGUCCGAUUUCCCGGCGUUGGCGGACAGGAGUCGGAGGGAAGGAAGCGGAAACCCCACCACGGUGCUCAACCCGCUGGCUGGAAGAGCGCCUUAUGUGGGCAUGGUGACCAAACCAUCAACAGAACAAACACAGGAUUUCUCCAUCCACAACGAGGACUUCCCCGCGCUGCCCGGCCCCAACUACAAGGACCCCUCGUUGACAGGCGACGACAACAAAACCAACUUGAACUCCACGAGCAAGAGCGCAUCCAGCACAGACGGGCCCAAAUUUCCCGGAGACAAGACGGCUUCGGCGCAGAACAACAACCAGAAAAAAGGGAUCCAGGUCUUGCCUGACGGUCGGGUGACCAACAUUCCUUCGGGCAUGGUGACGGACCAGUUCGGCAUGAUCGGCCUCUUGACGUUCAUCCGGGCGGCGGAAACGGAUCCCGGGAUGGUCCACUUGGCGCUGGGGAGCGACCUCACAACGCUGGGGCUGAAUUUAAACUCGCCAGAAAACUUGUACCCAAAAUUUGCGUCCCCUUGGGCGUCGGCACCGUGUCGACCGCAAGAUAUUGACUUCCACGUUCCAUCAGAGUACUUGACCAACAUCCACAUAAGGGACAAGCUGGCCGCCAUUAAGCUAUCUCGAUAUGGCGAAGACUUAUUGUUCUACUUGUAUUACAUGAACGGCGGCGACUUGCUUCAGCUGCUGGCGUCUGUCGAACUCUUUAACCGGGACUGGCGCUACCACAAAGAAGAGCGACUUUGGAUCACGCGAGCGCCCGGCAUGGAGCCCACGCUCAAGACCAACGCUUACGAAAGAGGCACCUACUACUUUUUCGAUUGUCUUAACUGGAGAAAAGUGGCCAAGGAGUUCCACCUGGAGUACGACAAGCUGGAAGAGCGGCCCCACGUGCCAACCACCUACAAUUACAACCCGGCCCAGCAGGCCUUCUAA